GUUGUACUGUAUACUGUAGCUCCAGACCCACUGCAGCAGUGCUCAUAGAUAGUGAGAGUGAAAAAGAGCGGGAGUUGGAGAUUGAGAGGAUGGGUAAAGGAGCGUAAAGGGGUAACACACACAAUCGAGAGAAGGAGUGAAAGAGGGAGCAGAGAGAUAGAGAGAGAGAACUGUGAAAUCAGCCAACCCUCCCAGGCGCGAGGUUCUUAAUUACUGUCAAGCACGCACACCAUUCGGAUAUCGCUCCUGUGACAGCCAGGAUGAGUUCGUGCAGUAGCAGAGCGCUGACCAUCCUGUCCACGGUGUUUGGGGCGUGUGGUCUGCUGCUGGUGGGCGUGGCUGUGUCUACAGACUACUGGCUGUUGAUGGAGGAGGGCAUCGUGCUGCAGCAGAACCAGAGCAUGGAGGUCAAGAUGGCCCUGCACUCUGGCCUCUGGAGGGUCUGCUUCGUGGCGGGGACAGAGAACGGGAGAUGUGUGGCGUCAGAGUAUUUCACUGAGCCAGAGAUAGAGAUCACUACAGAGAAUACUGCUAAUAUUCUGAAGAUGGUGCGGACGGCCACUCCGUUCCCCAUGGUGUCUCUGCUCUUCGUCUUCACGGCCUUUGUCAUCAGUAACAUCGGACACAUCCGGCCCCAGCGCACCAUCCUUGCCUUCGUCUCCGGGAUCUUCUUCAUCCUCUCAGGCCUGAGUCUGGUGGUGGGGCUGGUGCUCUACAUCUCCAGUAUUAAUGAUGAGGUGAUGAACAGACCGAGGGAGCCUGAACAGUUUUUCAACUACCGCUACGGCUGGUCGUUUGCCUUCGCAGCCUCCUCCUUCCUACUCAAGGAGGGGGCUGGGGUGAUGUCAGUCUAUCUGUUUAUGAAGCGUUACGCUGAGGAGGAGAUGUACCGCCCCCACCCAGCCCUCUACCGCCCCCGUCUGUCUGAGUGCAGCGACUACAGCGGCCAGUUCCUCCACCCUGAGACCUGGCCUCCUCCUAAGAGGGGCCGCAGUGACUCCCGGGCCUCCAGCGACAUCUCCAUCCAGAUCAACCAGACCCCCCCGCAGCCCACCAAAAAAACCCUGCAGGGCAACCAAGGUGGGGGCAUGGGGUCCAACAUGGGCCCUGGGUCUGGGUCCUCCUCUGGAGCUAGCUACCAGCUGCCCCCACCGUCUGGGGCCUACAAUACCCACACACUCCAACACCAACACUCACACGGUAACUCCCAGGCCAUGGCCAUGCCCCCUUCCACUGGCCCCCCUCACUACCACACACACAUGCACAUGGGCGCCUCCCCCUGUUAGAGAGAGGGAGCGCAAGGGACAGGGACAGGGAGGAAGUAAGUGUGGAGAGCAAGAAAUAUGGAGUAAGUGAUAAAAGGGAGCGGGAGAAGGAUUGAGGGAUUAGUGUAAACAUACAUUUGGUAUUAAAAACUGAGAGAUGGGCAGAGAGAGAGAGAGAGAGAGAGAAAGAGGGUUCAGGAGAGGUGGAGGAGUUGUCAAGGAUAGAGA